UAUUGGCCCGGCCGGAGAAUAAGGCGGGGCCUCUCAGGGUCGGGAGCCGGGCAAAGGGGACCGAUACUAAAUGUCAGUUCAUAAGAAAACAAAUACUCCGGGUUCCGAGCGGCCCACGUGGGGGCGGCGCUCCACCCCCUCACGUACUUGCUCCUGCGGCCGCUGCAGCCAGAGCUCAGAGUGAACCCCGCCCGCUCAGAAGGAGGAGGGAGGGCUGCCAGGCCUGUAGGUCGGAGAUGUUGCUAGAAGAGAUAAGCGCCGGGGACCGACUCAGCGGAGCUGCCGCCCGAGGGGAUGUGAACGAGGUGCGGCGCCUCCUUCACCAGGAAUUCGUACAUCCCGACUCCCUGAACCGCUUCGGCAAGACCGCCCUGCAGGUCAUGAUGUUUGGAAGCUCGCCCAUCGCUCUGGAGCUACUAAAGCAGGGAGCCAGCCCCAAUGUCCAGGACGGGUCGGGCACUUCCCCGGCCCACGACGCAGCGCGCACAGGAUUCCUAGACACUCUUCGGGUCCUGGUGGAGCACGGCGCAGACGUAAACGUUCCCGACGGCUCCGGGGCACUGCCUAUCCACCUGGCGGUCCGAGAAGGUCACGCAGCGGUGGUCAGUUUCUUGGCAGGGGAAUCUGACCUGCAGCACCGGGAUGCCGGGGGCCUCACACCCCUGGAACUGGCUCGGCAAUGUGGUGCCGGGCAGUUGGGGCGGAUCUUGGAGAGGCACCUCCCUACUCCUUCAUUGUGAAUGCGGGGCCCUUCAGCCACCAGGACAGCUGGAUGCCACUUGGCACUGGUGGGACCAGCCCUAGGAAGCCCCGAAACAAGAAUAGGGAAGGGUGGGGGGGUAUCUGUGUCUCUGGGUGGAUGAGAAUGGUCAUUUCUCUUCCUAUUCCACACCUACCCGAGUGCCGAAGAUCCAUCUCCUCCCCGCCCCCACCCCUACCCCAAGUUAUGGUUUGUUGGUGUUUAUUUGUGUGGUUAUUUUCCUCUUUCGGUGUGAUGUGAGAAGCUUCGGGGAGGCAAGGGCUGCAGAUAGCCAACCGAGCAAGCCGAGACAGUCUAGGACCCUCGGCCCUAGUCAGCUCCUGGGCACAGCAGGGAAGGAGGCCUGGUAAACGGUUCAGUUUUUGCUCCUCUCACCCCUAUCCCUUCCCUUGAGGCUGGCACAGCUUUCGGAGCCCUGGGCCCUUUUGUGAUGAUCGAGAUCAAUGCCCUAAAUUCUCUCCUAUCCCCUCCCUGGUCCAGUGUGGCUGUUCCUCCCACACUCGGCCCCCCCUUUUCCCCCCAAAUACCUCUGAGGAUUUCUAGGUUCCCAGAAGCAGCUACCUUUUGACAAAGUCUCCUUUGGGCCCGUAGGGAGCAGAGAAGGGCACUUCCUUUUACAAACCCAGGAACAAUUGAAUUUUAGGGGAUCAAAAUAAGAGUGGUGGUAGGGGAAAUGUUCCAUUUUCUUUCGUUGAAGGCCUCUUUCCAUCCUCUUGUACAGAGUUUUUAAAAGAUUCUAUUUAUUAUGCUUUCUGAAAAAAAUGUUGUGUGAUAAUUUAAUGUUUUUAACCAUUAAAUUAAUAUUGAGCAUUC